AUGGCUGAUCAACAAGAUAAAGCAUUCGCCAACAUUGCGCAAACCUUGCAGCUGCUACAACAGAUGCUGGCUGCACAAGCUGCUGCUCCUAUUGCUGUCCCUGCCGCGGCUGCUCCACCAGCUGUCGCGGUUCCACCAACUCCAAUCCUUGAUUCUUUUGAUGAUGCUACGCCAUUUGACAUCUCUUCUCGACAGGGUUCAGCAGCGGUGGCUCACGCCAGUGCUCCACUAAGAACCUCUUGGUCGGGAGUUCUUGAAGAACUUUUUCAGUUCGCUAAACAUACUGCCAGAGUUGAUCCUCGUGCCAUUCAGAACUCAAGAUGCCUCUACAACUGCUUAGCUUCAAGCAUAACUGGCGAUCUCAGAAUUGAAAUCUUUGGACAACCUGGAAACCUUCCUACUCACGGAGAUGGCCCGCCUCUGUUACGCAACCUCAAAUGGCACACCCAUCCUACUGCCGACUGCAAAAUCCGCAAGGCUUGGUUAGAAGAAAAAGCUGCAGCUGCUGCUGUAGCCAAUGCAGGCGAUGUUCAAUCUAAAAUUCCAAUCGAGGAAGGUUCUGCUGCGAGCAACGCCAAUUCAGGUGUAACUGCGCUUCUUGCUAAUGCACUCUUGAUGAUCGGCGAUGACGACGCACUUCAUGAUGUCAUUUCUGAGGCGCUCUCUGCCUUGCAUCAGACUUGA